CUCAGUCGGGAAUUAUCAGCAAAAAAAUCUGAGCUCCCUCGGUUGACAACUCAUUCUGAAGUACCAUUUUUCCGACGGUACUUGAAGGUGGCAUUACUUGAGUUUGGCAGCUCAGCGACAAACAGCCCGAACAGACCAAACUUUGGGUAAAUAAAGAUGAAACGCACUGGAAAAGCGAUCACGGUGUAUUUAGGAGCGUUAGGUCUUCUGCUGGGUCUCUACACAGUCAGAGGCGACUACUGCGAGGUGAACGUUUGCCACAACGGGGCCACGUGUGUGACGGGCGUGGGGGAGGACCCCUUCAUCUGCAUCUGCCCGGACGGCUUUGCUGGGGACACCUGUAACCUGACGGAGACAGGACCCUGCAGCCCAAAUCCCUGCAAGAACGACGGGUCCUGUGAGGUCAUCGCCCCGACCCGGCGGGGGGACGUUUUCAACGAAUACGUCUGCAGAUGCCAGCCUGGAUUUGAGGGAGUGCACUGCCAGAUCAAUGUGAACGACUGCGCCAACCAGCCCUGCGUUAAUGGCGGGACGUGCCGGGACCUCGACGGAGACUACGCCUGCCAGUGCCCCUCGCCGUACGUGGGGAAACAGUGCCAGCAGCGUUGCAUCACUCUGCUGGGGAUGGAGGGAGGUGCGAUCGAGGAGUCCCAGAUCUCGGCGUCCUCGGUGCACUACGGCGUUCUGGGCCUGCAGCGCUGGGGCCCCGAGCUCGCUCGCCUCAACAACCAGGGCCUCGUCAACGCCUGGACCUCCGCCACGCACGACCGCAACCCCUGGAUCGAGAUUAACAUGCAGAAGAAGAUGCGGCUGACGGGCAUCAUCACGCAGGGCGCCAGCCGCAUGGGCGCCGCCGAGUACAUCAAGGCCUUCAAGGUGGCGGCGAGCCUGGACGGGGUCAGCUACAUCACCUAUAGGGCCGACGCCCCGCGCAGGGAUAAGAUUUUCGUGGGGAACAUCGACAACGACAGCACGAAGACCAACAUCUUCGAGCCCCCCAUCGUGGCGCAGUACGUGCGCAUCAUCCCCGUGGUCUGCCGCCGGGCCUGCACGCUGCGCAUGGAGCUGGUGGGCUGCGAACUCAACGUUUAUUCAAACACGGCAGGUUGCUCAGAACCUCUGGGAAUGAAGUCCCGUCUCGUCUCUGACGACCAGCUCUCGGCCUCCAGCGCCUUCAGCACGUGGGGCAUCGACACCUUCACCUGGCACCCCCAGUUCGCCCGGCUGGACAAGGCGGGGAAGACCAACGCCUGGUCCCCGGCCAGCAACAACCGCUCGGAGUGGAUCCAGGUUGAUCUUCAGAAGACAAAACGCCUCACAGGCAUCAUCACUCAGGGGGCGAAGGACUUCGGCGUGGUGCAGUUUGUGUCGGUGUUUAAAGUCGCACACAGCAAUGAUGGAGAAUCGUGGCGCGUUCUGAAGGAUAAGAACACCGGCAAUGAUAAGCUUUUCCAAGGAAACAUUGACAACAACAGCCACAAGAAGAACCUGUUCGAGCCCGGGUUCUACGCCCGGUACGUGCGCGUGCUUCCCUGGGAAUGGCACGAGCGCACCCCCCUACGCAUGGAGCUGCUGGGCUGCGAUGAUUAACCCCCCCCCCCCCGCCCCCCGCCC